UAUCGUAUAUAAUGUAUCUUAUCUACAGAUGAAAUUACUGUAAAAUGUGUUUAGUCGGUGCAUUGUGUUUCAAAUGGUUCAAACGUCGUUCGAUUGAAUUAUAAACAUUCUUAUCGGCCGUUUUCUGAGCAUUGUGUUCGGAUUUCUAGUGUUUGCGUUAAAGUCAAUUAAGUUAUGUAUUCGUGUUAAGAGUGCUGGAUAUAAAAUUCAUUUAACAUUGGCAUUAAUUAAUUUCAAAGUAUAUAAUAGUUAAUACAUAAUAGUAAUGGUUUCUGUUGUUGCAUGACUCGUCUAUCACAACCAAAUUAUGAGACACGAUGUGAUCUUAACUAAAUAAAUGAUGCUUCUAAAGUCUGCAACGAGUACCGUGAGAAAAUAAAAAAUGGCAAAAUUUCUCAAAUCGUUCUUUACGCCGAGCGAAAAGCGGAAACACUCUAAGCACGACGGUGAAACGGAAGACGGCAAAACUGAUUUCCCGCCAUUAGAUGAAAGGCGAAAACUGUCUAUAUCCAGAUCUGGACGAUUAAAGCAAGCAAACAGAAAGCGGCAUUCACUAUCUUUGGAUCUGUACGGUGAAAGUAACCAAUGCAUCGAGAAACCGAAGUCUAGAGAGUAUCACGUGCAGAUCGCUUCGUCAGAUUUAAUCACUGACAAGAAUCAGAGACGGAAAAGUGCAGAUAGUAACAACUACAUUCACACUAAAACAGAACGUUUUCAUAAAACGAAAACUCAAGAUAACAAGCAGAGUAAUGUUAACGACGCGGGAGUAUGUCCUGAAACAGAAAUUGACAGCGCUUUUGAAAUAAUUGACAGACCAUAAGACUUUGGAAUAUGGUUUUAAUAAGUACCUAUACCAAAUUUUUUUUUCUUUCUUUAGAUGAAUGUAUGAGCUCACAGCCCACCUGGUGUUACCGGACCCCAUAGACAUCUACAACGUAAGUGCGCCACCCACCUCGAGAUAUAAGUUCUAAGGUCUCAGUAUAGUUACAACGGCCUUUGAACCGAAACGCAUUACUGCUUCACGGCCGAAAUAGGCGGGGUGGUGGUACCUACCCGUGCGGACUUCGAAGAGGUCCUACUCUCAGUGAUAAAUUGCGAGUUAAUCCGACGUUUUGAAGGGGGUCAAAAUAAUGUUCAAAUAUUCCGUUACAUACUAACAUACAUACGUCUGAAGCUUUUUUUUUUUAUUGCUUAGAUGGGUGGACGAGCUCACAGUCCACCUGGUGUUAAGUGGUUACUGGAGCCCAUAGACACCUACAACGUAAAUGCGCCACCCACCUUGAGAUAUAAGUUCUAAGGUCUUGGUAUAGCUAAUAAAAGCGUAUUAAAAUUCGCAUACUUAGGUUUAAUAAUGUAUGUAAGAGAAAACGGAAAAUUAAGGUUCAAUGGUGAUAUAUUUUGAGAACGCAAUGGUAGAAAUCACUGCCCUGCCUAAUUUUACUUCGAACCAUCUGCAUUGUGUUCUUCUUUGACGGGUGGGAUAAAUGUUUUUCCUGUGUAAUGGAGUCGAUAGAGUUUUUUUUUUGUUAUUAAUUUAAUCUCAUUUACAAAUAUUUUUCGUAUCAAUAUAAUAAACAAUGUUGCAAAAAAGAUCAAUUCCUGUACAAUAAUUUUAUAUCACUGAUAUCUUGAAAGAUUAUUUGCUUACUAUAAAUAGAUUAAUUUUUAUUUCCUUUUCUUUGUAGGUACGUAGUUAAUAGUAGCUACGUUCUAAAAACAUUAAAUAUUUUAUUAAUAAUUGAACAUUAAAACUUGUUACCAAGAAAGCAAUCAUUCGGAGCGUUUUAUUUAUGUUAUUAGCCCUUGGCCCUUAGAACGCGAACCGUCGAUAGAUCGAUUCUCUAAUAAUGUGUUUGAUUGUAAUGAACGUCUUUUAGUGCGCGCACGAAUAACAGUUAUAAUAAAUUAAUAAAAUUUAUAAAUAAACAUUCGAAGUUAUUUUGCUGUGAAUUUAGCAUUGAUGCUUUGAUUUUAGCAAUUUCUGCCAAAUAGGUGAAAUUAAGCUCGGCACUAAAAAGGUUCAUAAUAAAAUGAUACUUAAGUUAAGCUCUAUAUUUAUAUCUAAUACUUGAUUGUACAUGAUAAUUUAGUACUAUUAUAAUAUAACCAGUUAAAUCAAUGCAAUAGUCAACGGAGCAAACAGAAAUAUGAAUAUUUUGGUAUAAAAAACGUCUAUGUAUAGACGUCUAGGUCUAUGAAGUAGGUAUGUAGUUAAAAGAUGCAGAUAAUAGAUACAGACGCAUUCUCAACAAAAAUUAGAUAUAUUGAUCGUAAGAGUGCUUUAAUUCAAAUGUAAAAGUUCGUUAAUUCUGAUUUGUUAAAAUAAAAUUGUCGUUACUAACUAAUAAAGUUUUACUGGCCUUGAUUGUAUAAUAAUUUCAGAGCAAAUAAAUUUUUCAAUGGUAAGCUUGUUGUAAAACAUAAAAUAAUCUUUUUUUUUUCAUAUUUUUGUUGUAUUACAUAAUAUGAAAUCAUGAUAGUAAUACUGUAAAUAGAAAUAAAACAGUAAUAUAAAUUGUAAUAUAUUUAUAGUAAAUUUUUAUAUUUUUUAGUAUUUGUGUUUAAAUAAAGACUGAUUGAUUGGCACUUUCUUUUCACUACAAUUGUCAUAUACGCAAGAACAUUACCUAAGUAACUAAAAUUCUGUUUGUAACAAGGCGAAAAAAAUAAAAAUAUUACUUAACAUUACAA